GUCCCAUUGGGCUUAAACGUUUGAACCAGGCAUUAGAGGACCCUUUGUGAGUACCUUCACUAUCGGUAUGGUACGCGCCAAAUCUUUACUAUUGACUUCAACUUCUCCUUUAAAUUCCCGUAAUUUGUAUUAGUCGAUGCACUUGCCACUUCGUUAAGUAUGUCGCCUAGAACAUUUUAAUUAGAGGUAUAGCCCCUGCCUUCACUGGGCUUCAUUGUCACGCGGCGCUUGUAAGGGGAUAGCGCGAAUUCGUUCGCUCGCAAAUCACGGGAAUGGCUUUGACUCGGGGUCAAUAUUGACGCCGAGCUGUGUGGGUUGACCGCGCGUCCAUAGCUCUUGGAGGCCCUUGCCAUCCAUACCAUUCAGAGAUGACUAGGCGCAGACAACCAAGGCUGGACACUCGGCAACGGGACUCAGGCAUCAACAGUAGCAACGACAGAGCAUCCGCGCAAGAUCGCCUUCCAGCCGCUAUCCGGAGCUGCGUGCAGCGGCUGCCGACUGCGACCAAAGCCUUCUUUGCCGUACGCAGUAGAGCCCGUACUGACGCACGAGAUGCUGCCCUCCAAGACCUCAGCGAUAUCUCGGACUUCCUCUCAUCUCUGCCCGAUACCUUGGACGGACCAUGCAGUCACGAAGAUUUCGGGAAGAACUCCUACGCGGCCACAGCCGUGGCAGAUAUCCUGGCUAGCGAGGGCUUACGUACCUCGCUGCUACGGCUGCUAGCAGCCGGGCUACGGGUGCCGAUCGAGGAGCUUCCCAAACCGACCUCUACCGUCCCGGUUCGCCACCCGAUCGCGAGCGCUUUCCCAGUGGUACUUUCCUGCAUCUCACCCUCCCUGCGGCAUGCAUGCUGCCUCUCCGGCGCCCCGCUCCCCCCUCACGUGUUGGACUUUGGCCGCAAGCUGCUGCGCAUGCAGAGCCUGCAGGCGCUCAGUCGCCAGAUGGCUGCGGUGGCGGCGAGCCUGCCGCAGCUCGACGUCGUCGUGACCAACCCGCCUAACGAGCAGCAACAGCCGCAGUGGCAGCGCAUGCGACCGGCGGAGGCCAAGGCUCUGAAGGCCGCGGUCAUGCUUGCCGCAUACUUUGCCGACGCUGCCUUUGGGCUCCUGAAGGCCGUCAUCUUCUUCGCCACCACUCCAGAAGACUACCUGUGGUCCAAAUCGCCGCCGCAGCGACAGCGGCAGCGGCGCCUCUACCGCUCCGAGCUAGCGGCCGCCCUGUUCGACAGCUGCGUGAUGGAGCACGCGGCCAAGCUACUGCUGCGGCUUGAGGCGGCGGCCAAGGGGCUACAGCAGCAGCAGCCGCAGGACAAUGACAUUGUAGUCCUGCGGCAUGCCGCCAGCUCAUUCAUCCAAGCCUACGGCUGCAUCGGCUUUCUCCGCACGCACAUUAUUGGGAUGGAAGCGUCUCCUGCCAGCGCCCCCGUCGCCGACCAGCUGGGCGGAAUCUUGUCCGGUCGGUGCGCUCAUCACGCAGCCCUGCUGCACGGUUUGGCGUCCCUUUGUGCGGGGGACGACGGCCCCGCCUAUGGCCUGCCGGCAGGGCUCGUGGAGCGCACGAGUGUGGAGUACAGCGGCAGCAUGGGCGUUGGCCGUGGCAUUCAGGUCUUGGAUCCCAGAUCCAUCCUGACCAUCCUGGAGAUCCUGGAUCCCACAAUCGUAGCCGCGACAAGCGGCAGGCGUGCAGGCUGGCUGCUGGCUCUCCGUGUUGCGGAGUUGGGUGUGGGGUCGGUGCGGGUUGUGAGGUCGCUCGAGACGGCCAUGGCAGUGGCAAUGUCGGUACAAGUAGACCACGACUUUCUAAACUCCGCCGUCUCUGCUGUUCUCGCCACCAUCUCAUCACAAGCUGGGCUGAAAGCUGUGCUGCAACCGUCUCAUGCUGUAGACGCGGCCAUGAACGGUGUGAGGCGUGCGCGGCAGCUCAUGCGGCGUAUGCCGGUCGGCCCUGCCGCAUCGGCCGCGGCCUGUGCUGUGUGGCUUGCGGCAGCGACGGAGUGGUGGCGGCUGGUGGGUGCGGUGGCGCGGCAUGUCCUAGUCGUGGCGACUGAGAGGCAUGCGGUCCUCCUAGCCCAGGAGAUUUCGGAGCAGCUGGUGAUGGAGGUGGAGGGAGACAAGCAGAACUCGCAGCGUCUGAGCCUGGAAGGUGCGCUAUCGGGCGGUCUGCUGCCCUGCCUGGAGCUCCUGCUGCGCCGGGCUGGGGCCAACACCAGCGGGCCUGAGGCAAUCCUGCUGCAAGAGCUGUUGUGUCCGGGCGGCGAGCAUGGGACCACCGUCCUGGAGCGCCUUGCGGUGUCCCUCUUACUUUGCCCGCCUCGCCAAGCUGCUGGGCUGGUGGCCACCCUGGGCAAGGUACUGCGGCGGAAGGACCCACGGGUCAUUGCAAGGGGACCUUCGCCGUCGGACAGCCCGCUGAGGCCCCUCGACAUUUACGUGAAUGUCUUUACGGCAAUAGUUGAGGAGUGGGCGGCGACUUGGGACGCCGAGCAUGAUGCAGAGCCGGAGGGAGGAAGCACAAGCAUUGCUCAUGCAACUGCCGAGGUGGCAGCGCCAGCCGGGGCUUCAGCCUCCUCCGUGCGCCGCCGUACGGUGCUGCCCUCGUGCGUGGCAUGGGAGUGGCUGCCGCCGCUGUCACGCAUAACAAAGGAGGUGAUACAGCAGCUGGACGUCGGAAGCGACAGUGGGCUGCAAACGGCGUUCCUCUUCGCGAAGAGGGUGCUACGUUGGCUCCCUGCCGUUGUCCUCCGGAGUAUGAGAGAGGCCCGCAGCGGCACCGGUGCUGGUGACGCCGGCGCUGGCAGCAGCGAUUGGCGGCAGCUGCUGCUAACGGAGGUGGAUGUCGUACCGCUGCUGGGCUCCGUACUGCAGCUGUACGUGACCACGCGGCUGAGCGGAAGCCACACAGACGAGGUCGAGCUUAUCUCAGCACGGGCGCUGGUUGGCAGCUGCUGCAUCACAACUGCGGCAUUCCCGCAGCAAGUACGGCGGGCUGCUUUGGCGCCAACACCGGAGGGCUGGCAGCCCCAGUUCUUGCGUGCGCUGGUACCAAUGCUGGAGGAGGACUGGUUGCAGAGCGACGACGGCGGCCUGAGCAUGGAUCCGGUGUGCAUUUCGGCGGAGGCCCUGGCGGCGCAGCUGGAGGAGUGGCGAGAUGCCGGUGCAGCUGGAGGCAGCGGGGCGGCCGUCGGCAGCGGCCCGUUUCUUCCUGCCGAUGAGGACUGCCCGACGCUGCUGCGGCGGAUGGGGCUUAGCAUGGCGUUUAUGGAGGAUGUGGAGCUUGCGGCGGUCCUGUUGGAGCCUGCGGAGCUGCGGCGGCGGGGGCUGCUGCGGGGCUGCGGCAACCCGGGUUGCAGCAACCUGGCUGAGGACAGCGAGGCGGAGGUGAAGCUGCAGGCGUGUGGGCGGUGCGGGCAGGUGGGUUACUGCUGCAGGGAGUGCCAGGUGGCGCAUUGGAAGGCAGGGCACAAGGAGGCGUGCGGUCAGGUGGGUGCGAGUGGGUAGGUAGGCGGUGGGUAAUGGAAGAUAGUUACAGUUUCUCGCGUGGCAUUGGGUAGUCUGACUGUGCAGGAUGCAUAACCUGGCGGGACCUUGUCGUAGCCGCACGCGCGAGUUGAGCAUCUUAGUGUCAAUUUAAGACCUGGAUGUUAGGGGAGCUACCAGUAUGCCCAUAAUUCCAAAGACUGUAGUAUACAUGACUGCAGUGUUUUGAAGGCAUCUAUGGCUGGAUAUGCCCGUGAGCAGCUUGUUAUUGUAGUGUCUAGGAUUUGCUCGAGGUUGCUGCCAAGUGCCAGCGGCCUGAGGCAUCAGCGCCACAUGCUACGGGACCGCAUGCCGUUAGGAAGCGAUGCAGUGCUACGGAGUUGCAGAGGUGUUGGUCAAUACUGCCACGGUCAAUACUUCCACGGAACAUUGUGGAUGUUGGGGAGUUCUGUUUACUGGUUGAGGGGUUGGUGCUGCUUUGAGCAUGUUGCAGGUCCGUAGUUGGCAACCCGCAUGCCGUCAAUGUUUGCGACGCGGAAAUGAGCUGCAGGACUGAAGUGCUCCAUCAGCUGUGCUGGUCUGAAGGUAGAUAGUAAUGGCUAUGGCUGAAGAGGUCGUGUGGGUUAGUGAGCCAUGAUUGCAACGAUUAGCCGGCUUAGCCGUUGUUGCUGAUGCCUCGGGACUAAUGGGAGGAGAGCACUACACAGGCACUCCUAUCAGUAGACGCGGCGAUCGACUGGAAAAGGCAUAUAGAUAGAGGCACAGGCCGUGCCUUGCCUGACAUGAAUGGAACAGCGCCUGCCAGGCAGCCCUUCGUGUAUGGACCAAUUUGGAUGUGGCCACUUGUGGCCAAAUGACUAGAAGGUAACGCUGCUUCACAUGGGGCCACCAGUCAAGCGCACCAAGUAACCUUCCUGGUUGGA